AUUGAAAAUGUAUUUUUCUUUGAUUUGUUUGUAUAUAUCGGCCUUUAUUUUUCUGGUGGACGCCAAGUCUCUAUCAAUGAAACGUAAUGAAAGACUUAACGCAAAAUUAUGGAAACUUCAUAAAAUUUUUCAGAUAUCCUCCAAGGCCGUGGGAUCGGAUCUGAUGGAAACACAUUUUGUGACAAAGACCAACACAGUUUGUAAAAAUUCAGGGUGUUCCGUGAUUAAUUCCGAAGGAGGCAAUAAAACGUGUCCUAAAGGCUGGGAAAAGUUUGAUGAAAACUGUUAUAUACAGCUGUCUAAGAAAUCUACUUGGUCUGCAUCAAAGAGCGCAUGCCAAGCACUCAAUGCACAUUUAGCACGAGUAACAUCCAAGAGAGAACAUAACUGGAUUUAUAAAAACUUUGGAGGUUCCCAUGCCUGGAUCGAUGCUACAGAUUCACUUAAAGAAGGAGAGUGGAGAUGGUCUUCUACUGGAAAAUUGUUAACGUACACUGCUUGGGACAAGGGGGAACCUAAUGGUCGUGGAAGUGAGAACUGUGUACAUGUCCGCUACUACCGUGGGACAUUUAAUUGGAAUGAUGCAGAUUGCGGAUACACAUGUCAAGCCAUAUGCGAAAAAGCAAUAUAUAACCAAUUAAUUCAUCUUAAAUAUAAAAAGUUCGUGAAUAAAGUAAGAAAAUAA